UCGGACUAGACUUUGGAGGUUGACCACCGCACCCCCACCAAGCAAAGGAGGAAAGAUUUGACACUCUCCUGUGAUUGAAAAACGGCGCUUGAUCUCACUCCGCCGCACACUCAUUAACCCAUCUCUCGUAGCUGCACACCGUACACUCACAAGAUGCCAUCUUUUACAGGAAAAAUCAUCUUAAUCACAGGAGCCAGUUCUGGCAUCGGUGCUGAGACGGCAGUGCAGUUUGCUGCAUCAGGCUGCGGUGGACUUGCACUGGUUGGGCGCAAUAAAGACAACCUGGAUGCAGUGUGCCAACAGUGUCAGGAGAAAGGAAUGCCCAAGGAAAAGGUCCUUGGCAUCAUUGCAGACAUGGCAAAAGAAGAAGAGGUUCAGAGAAUAAUGGACAGUACUAUUCAACAAUUUGGCCAACUAGACGUUCUGGUGAAUAAUGCAGGAAUGGGUGGUGUGAAAUCACUGGCCGAUGAUGACAUUCUUACUAUAUACGACACUGUCAUUAAAGUCAAUGUACGCUCCAUGUUGCAACUCACCCAGCUUGCCGUGCCAUAUCUCACCAAAACAAAAGGAAGUGUUGUAAACAACAGCAGUGUCUGUGCUUCUAGAACUCUUCCAACGAUGAUAUCCUACAACAUGUCCAAGGCUGCUGUCACUCAGUUCACACGAUGUACUGCUUUGGAGUUGGCUGAAAAGCAGAUUCGGGUUAAUGAAGUCAACCCUGGAUCAAUUUUAACACCAGUUCAUGUGAAGUCAGGGCGUGCUGAUAAUGUAAUCGAGACAGCCAAGAAGGUCCAUGCUCUUGGACGUAUUGGGGAGACCAGUGAAGUCGCAAAAGCCAUUUUGUUUCUUGCUUCAGAUGACGCUUCCUUCAUCACAGGAACCUCUCUGGCUGUUGAUGGUGGCAGGCAUAUCAUGUGCCCUCGUUGAAUUCAUCAAGAACAAGCCCAACCUCGUUCCCAGGGGUGAUCGCUCUCGGCGCGCCAAUUUUUUCCCCAGCAUGCCUUGCUCGAUCAUAACCCCAGGAAUUCGUUCAUUAAAAUGUGCUAGAAUCUAAAGGAAUGUUAGAUCUUAAGGAAUGUUUUCGUUUUUCUUAAAAAAAACACAUGUUUGUGCCAUACAAAAACGCGACCAUGAUCAACAUGCAAAUCUUACAUCUACAUGUAAUGCAUAACCAAUAGACCCUUCCCAUGAAAUAUGUAAAUUGCACAUAGCGCGUGCGCACUAACGUUUUGGUUGGCAAAAUGAGGCAACAUCGCGCUGUUUUGUACACGGCUAAUGGGUGCGUGACGCCGACGCGAUAGCGUGUCUUCUUAGUGCACAACUCUAUGGCGUUUGCCAACCAACAGGGUCUGUACGCAUGCGUGAAUGUAAUUAGCAUAUUUCAUGGGAAGGGUCCAUUUCCUGAGCCAAUUGUGUUGUUUCUCAGUACAUCUCUCCAGGUUAGUGACGAGAGGUAUCGAUUUGGCGCGCUGCCUAUGGUAGCGAUGCUGGAAUAAGCCAUUUGUGAGUUAGAUUUGGAUUAAUGCAUGAUACAAUGACUCGCUGCUGAAAGGCAGUGGACAGUAUUGGUUAUUACUCAAAAUAAUUAUCAUCAUAAAACCUUUCUUGAUUACGAGUAAC